UACGCACUUCGCGUAGCUAGUCGCUGCCGGCUGCUGUCAUCGCCGCUGCCGAGGCUGCGAAACCCAGGCGUCCGAGGACUCUAAGGCGGGGGUCUCUUAGUGGGAGGCGGUGAGGGACCCUGGCGUCCGAGGACCCGGGGGAGGGAAAAGGGAGUGGGGGAGCGUUAGGGGACCCCCAAAUUGGGGGUACUUUGAGGAACCCUUUGAAGAGGAUACGCCAUUGGGGUGGGUCGGGGGACCCAGGAGUCCGGGCACCUUCGUGCUGGGGCGCAGCGGGAGGGGAGCCCCUAAGUGAGGGCCCCCAGGCUGGGGAGAAGGAGUGGGGGACUCUGUAACCUGGAGACCCUGGUGUCUAGUGAGGCUGGGGAGGGAGCAGAGAAGAGCCCCAUAGAACAAGGGGAGUAUUAGGGUUGGGGGCAUUCCCCUCACGCCCGGCAGGCCCAAGUCCUCCCUAUCGCCCUUUAACCUGGGCUGCCCCCUCUCCCCCCAUGAAGCAGCCUGAGCCUGUCGGGCCCCCCCUGGCCUCUCUUGCCCGAGGACUUUGCCCCUUCCUGUGGAGGAGGCUGUGAUGUCCACAGCCGGUGCUGCUGUUGGGGAACUGUCGUGGGGGGGGGGUGUCCAGGGUGGGCUGGACCCCCCCCUCCACAUACAUCCGCGGGAGCUGGUUCUCCCUCCCUACAUGCUGGACUCAACACUUCAGAAAGGGAAUUGAUCUCUUGACACGCUGUUGUCCCAGACAGCAGCGGUACCCCCAGCCCAGGACACAUUGUGCCCCCCCAUAGCACUGGCACCCCCUGCUCAAGACAGACAGAUUUCCCCUAGGGAAAUACCCCAGGACAAGCUGUGCCCCCAGCAAUAGCACCCCUGAGCCCAGGAUAAACUGUUUCUCGCUGUAGUAGGGCAUCCCCCUUGGCCCCUCAAACCCACUCUGCUACAAUCCACAUCCCCCUGGCACCUUUCUUUCUCCAUACCAGCCUUGCUAUAUCCUCCCCUGGCUCUCAGGGGAUGCCUCCCCUCAUAGCCCUCUUCUAGCUGGGGUCCGCGCGCCCUCCCCUCAGAGAGACGGCUGGGCAUGGAGCAAGCUGCCAGCAAUCUGACGGUGAUUGUGCCAGCCCAGCGCCUGACACCAGCUUUCCCCCCGGCCGUCAAGCUGGGGCUCACGGCGCUGUACACAGCGCUGUACGCCCUGCUCUUCCUCUCAGUCUAUGCCCAGCUGUGGCUGGUGCUGCUCUACCGGCACAAGAAGCUCAGCUAUCAGACCGUCUUCCUCUUCCUCUGCCUGCUCUGGGCCACCCUCCGCACCACGCUCUUCUCCUUCUACUUCAAGAACACUCUCAAGGCCAACCAGCUGGGCCCCUUCCUCUACUGGCUGCUGUACUGCUGCCCUGUCUGCCUCCAGUUCUUCACCUUGACGCUCAUGAACCUCUACUUUGCCCAGGUGGUGUUCAAGGCUAAAGCUAAGUACCACCCGAACAUGACCAAAGGGCUGCUGGCUGUGCGGGGGGCCUGCCUGGGUGCUAGCCUGCUGUUCCUGGCAGUGAAUGUGGCCUGUGCUUUUGUGGUGCGGAUGGGGCGGGCCGAACCCUGGGCCGUGGUGCUGACCCGUGUCCUCAUCAACGACUCACUCUUCGUGCUGGGUGCGAUCACCCUGGCUCUCUGCCUCUGCCUCGUGGCUCGCGGCUCACCAAGCACCAGCCUCUACCUGCAGGCCAAGGGCACCACAGUGUGCCAGACAGCAGCCAUGGGUGGCACCAUGGUGCUGCUGCACGCCAGCCGUGCCUGCUACAACCUGGUGGCUCUGGCGUUGAGUUCCCACACCCGGCUGGACUCCUUCGACUACGACUGGUACAAUGUUUCAGACCAGGCGGAUCUGAUUACUGACCUGGGGGACCAAGGAUACCUGGUCUUUGGCCUCAUCCUCUUUGUGUGGGAGCUGCUGCCAACUGCCCUGCUGGUGGGCUUCUUCCGGGUGCACCGCCCUCCCCAGGACCUGGGUCAGGAUGACAAAGGCCCAACGGUGUCAUGGUGGAUCCAGAGGUCCCAGCAGAGCGCCAAUCACAUCAUCAAUGGGCAGCUCGGGGGCUCCCGGUCCUACUUCUUCGACCACCCCGGGCAGUAUGAGAAUGAGGGGCCCCCCCGCAGGAAGGGAAGCAGCCUGGCAGGCCGACUGGGCAGCGGCAGCUGGUAUGGAGCCAUUGGCCGAACAGGGAGGGAUCCGGACUGGCUGGGGGGGCAGCCCCCCACAACCCCCCUGCUCUUCUCCCAGGUCACUGUGCAGGCCAGCCAUCACCACAGCCUCUACUCCACCCCGCAAACAUAGGUGCGCCCCCCACCCCGUGCGUCACAGGAGGACGUUGGUGAAAUGCGGGCACGAGGACUCGACAGUGUGGAGGGCGGUGGGAUGUGGAGGGAUGAGUUCAGAGUGCGGGAAGUGGAGGGGACCCAGCUCUGUGCACCCUCCAGCUGAACAUUCCCCAACCAAACCGCGCCCCCCCAUUGCACAGGGAUGGCUCUGGCACCACCCCACACGCUGCAGCCUCUGAGGGCGCAGGCCAGUUUGGGCAGGGAUCCCAGUGUCCCCCCGUGGGACAAAGGAAGAAUGGACUGUUUCCUCCCUCUGCCGCUGAAUGUGCUGCAGCAUUGCAUGUCAGGAGUUGCCCCUCUGGAUUCAUGCCUACAGCUGAACCAUCCCUGGGGGGUCACGCUGUCGUGGGGUGCCAGACUGUGGCUCAGGUGCCAGCUCGUGCCCUCCGAUGCACGCCAGCUCCUGGCUUCUCCGAGAGCUCUCCCCAGCGCUGCCCUCGCAUCCCAAGGCUUUGGUGCUGUCCUGUCCCUCCACCCCAGGCUCAAUAAAAGGUUUGUGUUUGUG